CUCCAGGUCGCCUUCACUGACUGCAGGAGCGGCAGGCGGACACCAGGAUACCGCAGAGUCAGGAAAUGGAGUCAGUGAGCUUUGAGGAUGUGGCUGUGAAGUUCACGCAGGAGGAGUGGGCCGUGCUGGAUCCAUCCCAGAAGGAGCUGUACAACGAUGUGAUGCAGGAAACCCUGAGGAACCUGGCCUCUAUAGGAAACAAGCCAGACAAACAGGUGGUUGUCAAUGAGUAUGAAAAUCUCUUGAGAAGACUAAGCAGCCACUUGGUGGAGAAAUUCUGUGACUAUAAUGAAACUCAUCAGUGUGCAGAAAUCUUCAGCUGCAAUCCAGGACACUCUGUGAGCCUGAAAUCUUGUCCAGGACUUGCUACAUUUGAAAAGCAUGUCUAUAAAGAAGGUAGAAUUGGCCGUUCAUCUCUGGGUGUGCCACUGAACCAUCCAGUGGGACCUUAUGAAGACCAGGAACAUGGACAGCCAUUGUAUAAACAUAAGGAGUUUGGGAGCAGCUCCAGUUCUCUGUCCCUUCAGAUGCUUAAAAGCACUCACGCUGGAGAGAAACCUUCCAAAAAUAAGGACUUUGAGGAAGACUUUCCUUGUGUCAGAUCUGGCCAAAUAUGUGAACAAAAUGGCUAUUCAAAGAAGUCGUCUGUGCACAAGCCGUGUGGGAAAGGCUUCACGCAUCCCCAUCCUUUACAGAGGCGUGAGAAGAGUCACGGCGUUAAGAAGCCCUAUGUGUGUGAACUGUGUGGGAAAGGCUUUGCUCGGUUUGGUAACCUUUUAAGGCAUAAGAUGACUCCAGAUUGUGAGAAGACUUUUCUCUGUAAUCAUUGUGGGAAGGUUUUCUCUGAUUCCUCUUGCCUUCGAAGACAUACAAGAGUUCACACUGGAGAGAAACCCUAUGUGUGCAAGCAAUGUGGGAAAACCUUCAUUACGUCUACUAACCUUCAAACACAUGAACGAACUCACACUGGGGAAAAACCUUAUGUAUGUAAAGAGUGUGGGAACGCCUUCAGGCUUUUGAUUCAGCUGCAAAAGCAUGAAGUAGUUCACAGUGGUGUGAAUCCCUAUGUUUGUAAGCAAUGUGGGAAAAGCUUUACUUCCUCCAGUUCCCUAAAAACACACGAACGAAUUCACACUGGUGAGAAGCCCUAUAUGUGUGAAUACUGUGGGAAAACCUUUGGGUAUUCCAGUACCCUUAAAAAACAUGAAAGAAUUCACACCGGAGAGAGACCCUAUGUAUGCAAGCAAUGUGGGAAAGCCUUUCGUUAUUCUUUAUAUUUUCAAAGACAUGAACAAAUCCACAGAAGAGAGAAACUCUAAGAAUGUAAGCAAUGUGGGAAAGCCUUUUGUUAUGCUUUUAUGUUGAAAUACAUGAACGAGUCCACAG